AUGUCUACGGAGCCUACCGUCAACGCCAACACAACUACAGUUCCGGACCCCACCAACACUACGGGCGCUGACGUCACCAAGACGGUCCCGGAUGACGCACCAAAACAGACCAAUGGUGACAAUCAUUCGGCCAAACCAGACGGGGCUGGCCAUACGUCUGUAGAAAGCAACUCUACGGAUGCACCUGGACGGGCGGAUAUAGCCAAACCGGCGGCGGAGGAGCCACUAUCAGGGGGGCCGGUCCUCGCUCCGAGCGUCGAUUCUGAGAAGCCUGCCGGGGAGGCCAAGCCCGAUGCACCCAACACAGGUGACAAGCGGGACCUUGAGUCGACCCCUGCUCCGACGGAUACAGAUAAACCUGUCACCGACUCCUCCGGCCCGUCCACCGUUGCGCCUAUCGCCAAAAAGCAAAAGGCCGACGACAACGCUGCGGCCGCAAAUGGCACCCGGGCGAAUGGGGAGAACAAGAAGACAGGUCGCCCGAAGAAGGUGAAAGAAGCCGCGAAGAAGGUGAUACCUACGGAUGGUAUUGGUAGUCGGACUCGCAGCCGGACCAAGGCCGUGUCUUGA